AUGUCGGAUAAAAGUGAGCUGAAAGCUGAGCUUGAGCGAAAGAAACAGCGUUUGGCUCAGAUAAGAGAGGAGAAGAAGAGAAAGGAGGAGGAACGCAAGAAAAAAGAGGCUGAGCUGAAGAAGGAGCCCGUCCCACUGCAGGAUGAUUCAGACCUGGAGAAAAAGCGCAGGGAGGCUGAUGCUCUGCUACAGAGUAUGGGCAUCACACCAGACGCACCUGUGGUUCCUACACGCAUGUCUCCCACGGCCAAAUCUGCAGGCAGUCCAAGUGAAGCAGGGAGCCAAGACUCAGGAGACGGUGCCACCGAGCCAAGGACUCUGCACUGGGACUGUGACCCCUCCACUCUUCUGCUUCACUCUGAGCCGGGGAGGCUGGUGAGUGGCACUGCAUCUGCAGCAGCAGUUAGAGCACAAGCCUCUGAUCUGAGAGCUGUUCAGAUGUGUGGGGAGGAAGCUGAGGAGGAAGAGACCACACCCCCGCAGCCUGAGGUCGAGGCAGAGAAAGAGAAACCAGCAGAGAAGCAAGAUGAGGAAGUGUGUAACAUGGGCCCUAUAAUAAGACAGUUCAGCAGCUCUGGUGUGAAUUAUGUUGAUGUUUGUGAUCUUCCUAUUGCAGAGGAAGCUGAGGAGGAAGAGACCACACCCCCGCAGCCUGAGGUCGAGGCAGAGAAAGAGAAACCAGCAGAGAAGCAAGAUGAGGAAGCGCCCCCUCAUGAGCUAACAGAGGAGGAGAAGCUGCAGCUUCUGCACUCGGAGGAGUUCAUGGAGUUCUUCGAUCACAGCACACGUAUCAUGGAGCGCGCUCUGUCCGAACACGUGGACGUUUUCUUCGACUACAGCGGCCGUGACAUGGAGGAGAAGGAGGGUGAGAUGCAGGCUGGGGCCAAACUGUCUCUAAACAGGAAGUUUGUUGAUGAUCGCUGGUCCAAACAGCGAGUGGUGACCUGUCUGGAUUGGUCCCCACAGUAUCCAGAGUUGCUGGUGGCCUCUUACAACAACAACGAGGAAGCCCCGCAUGAGCCUGAUGGAGUGGCUUUGGUCUGGAACAUGAAAUACAAGAAGACCACACCGGAGUAUGUCUUCCACUGUCAGUCUGCUGUCAUGUCUGUAGCGUUUGCGAAGUUUCACCCAAACCUGGUUGUCGGUGGCACUUACUCGGGACAGAUCGUCCUGUGGGACAACAGAAGUAACAGACGCACUCCUGUCCAGAGGACGCCUCUCUCUGCUGCGGCGCACACGCACCCAGUGUACUGUGUUAAUGUGGUUGGCACACAAAACGCUCAUAACCUCAUCAGCAUCUCCACUGAUGGAAAGAUGUGCUCCUGGAGUCUGGACAUGCUGUCUCAGCCACAGGACAGUAUGGAGCUGGUGUUUAAGCAGUCUAAAUCAGUUGCGGUCACCUCCAUGUCCUUCCCUCUGGGUGACGUUAAUAACUUUGUGGUGGGAAGUGAGGAUGGAUCGGUCUACACAGCCUGUCGUCAUGGCAGUCGGGCAGGUAUCAGUGAGAUGUUUGAGGGGCAUCAUGGUCCAAUCACAGGCAUUCACUGUCACACAGCGGCAGGACCCGUAGAUUUCUCUCAUCUCUUCCUGACCGCCUCAUUUGAUUGGACCGUUAAACUCUGGAGCACCAAGAGUAACAAGCCACUGUACUCGUUUGAGGACAACUCUGAUUAUGUGUAUGAUGUUAUGUGGUCUCCGGUUCAUCCCGCUCUCUUCGCCUGUGUGGACGGACUCGGACGCAUCGACCUGUGGAACCUCAACAAUGACACAGAGGUGCCCACUGCCAGCGUGUCUGUGGACGGCAGUCCCGCUCUGAACAGGCUGCGCUGGUCUCAGUCGGGCAGAGAGAUCGCCGUGGGUGACUCAGAGGGACAGAUCCACAUUUACGACGUCGGCGAGCAAAUCUCAGUCCCGCGGAGCGACGAAUGGACCCGCUUCGUGCGGACGCUGGCGGAGAUCCACGAGAACCGCGACGAUGCCGAGGAACUGGCCACUCAACGCCUCACCGCUUGAUCGCCAUCAGACCAGCAGAUCUCCUAAAGCUGUUAUCACGUCUGUCUUUGGAAAUGAAAUGAUUUCCGUGUGCAAACCUUUGAUUCUGCCUUUUGUUUGGAGUAAAAGUACGAAACAUUGACCUUAGGUGCGAUUCAUAGUGCGAGGCCCACGACCCAGAAGCCUUAACACUUGCAUGCAAAAAACAAACCCAUAAUGAAUGUUUCUGUUUCUAUCCAGGUAUCUCCGAGCGUGCUAAACUCUCAGCUUAUUAUGCACAGCCAAAUAUGAAGUAUUAAACCUUGGAUCCCCAAAAAUGUAAAAAAAGGAAUACUUUUUGCAUAAAGAAAGUGAAGCUGUUUUUUGUAUUAUUUUUAUGACAUUUGAGCACAUUUUGAAGUAAACCACAAAGUUUAAAGGAAUACAUUUGCUGCGUCAGAUUACUCAGAUUUAGUAUAACAGGUUUUUAGUGUAAUGCUGUAAAAUAGAAUUGGGGGUGAGGGAAUGUGCUCAAGUGCUAGAUGUCAUAAAUAGUAGAAAAUAUCAUAAAAUAGGCUUCAUUUUCUUUCACAUGUAAUUGAUUUUGGGGUGAAAUGUUUUUGAGAGGUUUCGUCAGAAUGACCCUAACAUCUGUACUAUUCUCAAUACUAGUGAACCGUCGUAUCUUUUUUUUUUUUUUACUUGAUCACAGACCUAGAGAAUUGUAGAGAUCUACCUCUUUCAGAUCUUGUCAGUGGGUCAUAUUCAGCAUCACGUAUUGAGUUUGGUGAGUCUAGCGAUGGACCAAAUGCUGGAAUAAUUGGACUUUAUUUUUUUCUGUUAAUGAUCGAUCUUGUUCCUCUUCACCUCAGCAGAGGCACAAUCAUGUAUUUGUGAUGCAUAGCAAUAUAGCGGGUUCAUCUGAACUGUUUAAAGUGUCUUCCUCUUCCAGUGUUCACACCUGUUUGAAACACUAAUAGUAACUUUUGCAGAACCUCUUUGUAUAUCUGAAUUUGUUUUCUAAGCCAAAUCUCUUGUGCUUUACCUCCAAUCAGAUUGAAGUCAUCCUGUAGUAUUUUGCAAGGAGAAAGUAGGUUUGCGAAGAUUUCAAAACGUUGCUCCCAGCUGUUUCCAGCAGUAUUCCUCAUGUUUAAUGGAAUGUCCAAUAAAUUCUGCAUUUGAAA